AUGUGCCAUUUGCGACGGCUUGAAAGCCGUAUACAUCGUGAAAUAUUUGGUGCCGACGUGCAUGAAGCUUCUGAUGAAAAGAUUGACUGUUUCCGGUAUGAGCUCGAUGCCUGGAGACUCGCUGUCCCGGUCUCGAUAGAUGCCUCCUUUGUUCUCCCUGGUUACUCGCUGUAUGACACAAAGGAAUUCUUCGAUAUACAAUACAGCAAGGCACUACGUAUGCUCCUCCAGCGACGUAUCACUGCUGCAAAGAAAGAAGUAGAAGGAGAUGUUUCGAAGACAUCAGAGUAUCUCACACUGAGUGCUCGCGCAGCCGGAGACAUCUGCCAACAUUACAAGGUGCUCCAUCAGCGAAGGCCGUUGGGUUGGAAUCUCCUGGCCCUACACUCUAUUUUUACGGCUGGACUCACACUCCUAUAUUCUACCUGGAUUAGGAAGGACAGGCCCGACCUCGUCGCAUUGGAAGACAUUCGAGCCUGUUCGUGUGUUUUGUUUGCCAUUUCAGAGCAAUGGCCGUCGACAAAACGAUUCAGGGAUAUUUUUGAAGCCAUGGCGCGCGAAAUGAUGGAAAUUUUGAAACUCAGCCAAGCUCAGAACUGGACUGGAUCGUUUCCAGUGGAUGCGAAUGCGUUUGGGGGGGAGGGAUUUUGGUCGAUUUUUGACGAUUUGGUGGAAGACGAUUACAUUCGCGAUCAGUUUAGGCUUGAGGGAACGAUGAGUUAA